AUGGGCAGCCUGAGCUGUGCAGGCACCCUGUGCAGGACCAAGCCCACGGACCUGGUGUUCAUCAUCGACAGCUCGCGCAGCGUGCGGCCGCACGAGUUCGAGAAGAUCAAGGUGUUCGUGUCGCGCGUGAUCGAGGCGCUGGACGUGGGCCCCAACGCCACCCGCGUGGGCGUCAUCAACUACGCCAGCGCCGUGCGCAGCGAGCUGUCCCUGCAGGGCCCCCAGGGCAAGGCGGCGCUGCUGCAGGCCGUGCGCAGGAUCCAGCCCCUCUCCACGGGCACCAUGACAGGCCUGGCCAUCCAGUUUGCCAUCAGCCGCGCCUUCAGCGCCGCCGAGGGCGGCAGGGGCAGUGCGCCCAACUUCAAAAAGGUGGCCAUCGUGGUGACCGACGGCCGGCCCCAGGACGGGGUGCAGGACGUGUCUGCCCGGGCCAGGGCCGCGGGCAUUGAGAUCUUCGCCAUCGGCGUGGGCAGGGUGGACAUGGGCACGCUGAGGCAGAUGGCCAGCGAGCCCCUGGACGAGCACGUGGACUACGUGGAGAGCUACAGCGUCAUCGAGAAGCUAACCCACAAGUUCCAGGAGGCUUUCUGUGUGGUGUCUGACCUGUGUGCCACGGGGGACCACGACUGCGAGCAGGUGUGUGUCAGCACCCCGGGGGCCUACAGGUGUGCCUGCAGGGACGGCUUCAGCCUCAACAGUGACGGCAAGACCUGCACCGCUUGCAAUGGUGGCUUGGGGUCUGCUCUGGAUCUUGUGUUCCUCAUUGAUGGCUCCAAGAGUGUGAGGCCUGAGAACUUCGAGCUGGUGAAGAAAUUCAUCAACCAAAUCGUGGAUUCACUGGAGGUGUCGGACAAACAGGCCCAGGUCGGGCUGGUGCAGUACUCCAGCUCUGUCCGGCAGGAGUUCCCCCUGGGGCAGUUCAAGAGCAAGAAGGACAUCAAAGCAGCAGUGAAGAAAAUGUCCUACAUGGAGAAGGGGACCAUGACAGGCCAGGCUCUGAAGUACCUUGUUGACAGCUCCUUCUCCGUCAUCAACGGAGCCCGGCCUGGGGUCCCCAAGGUGGGGAUUGUCUUCACUGAUGGGCGCUCACAGGAUUACAUCUCAGAUGCUGCCAAGAAAGCCAAGGACUCAGGAUUUCGGAUGUUUGCCGUGGGAGUGGGCAAUGCCGUGGAGGACGAGCUGAGGGAGAUCGCCUCAGAACCCGUGGCUGAGCAUUAUUUCUACACUGCCGACUUCAGGACCAUCAGCAAGAUCGGGAAGAAGCUGCAGAUGAAGAUCUGUGUUGAGGAAGAUCCAUGUGAGUGCAAAUCCAUUGUGAAGUUCCAGACCAAAGUAGAAGAGCUCAUCAAUUCCUUGCAGCAGAAACUGGAAGCUGUGGCCAAAAGAAUCGAAGCCCUGGAGAACAAGAUCAUCUAAAACCCCACUCCAGCAGUUUUUCACCUCCUUCCCAAAGUAACAGAACCAGAACUGCUCCAUUUUUCAGGGAGGGCAGCUCAGCCCCAGGGCUCUGGGCAGCUUUUAUUAAGGUCUAGGCUACCUGCAUUUGUUUAAAAGGAAGAAUUAUUACAGUAGAGCAGACUUUGUAUAAAGGGCAGAGCACAGGGUGUGACUGAGAGUUAGACCAGGCUCGAGUUUGCUGCAUCCUAUAGAGUGCAUAUAUUCAAA